AUGUCUCGCCACCGCAACGUACGCAACCGCGCGUACUCGUACGAGGACGAAGAUUAUGACGAAUAUUACGACGACUACGAACCCACUUCACCCAACUCGAACGAGUUCAUGUAUCGUCGGGACUCGCCGAGUCGCCAGCGAUCCGUCUUCUCCUUCGUACAGCAAGAAGACACCGAGAAAGAGACCCAGGAGCCCACCAAUGACCCGGGAGAUGUCGAGAUCCUGGAAGCCAUGAUACCCCAAGUCCAACAGGCCGUGGGUAGCAGAUUUUCGGCCCAUCAGAUCACACAGGAGCUCCGUAGCGCCAACUACGACCUGGACAAGACCGUAGUGGCUCUGCUAGAGAGAGGUAAAGCUCCAGCCGCAGCUGGUGGCGUGUUACCAUUGCAGAUCCAGAUCCCCAGACUGGACGCUGUGGCUCUCGCCAUUGGCAACGAGGAGAAACAAGAGCUUAAACCUAAGAAGGAGAUCGUCAUGCCUGCUCCUGCUAGGGGCAAAGCUUUGGCUAUUGGAGCCCUGCCGUCGACGCCCAAAGAAGAGAAGAAGCCUCGUAUAUCUGCAGCCGAUGCAGCCAGUGCCGCCCCAACAAUUUCUCGUGCACAGACGCAGUUCACCCCAGCGGAGAAGAAGGCGCUCGAACGCGCCGAGUUGAAGACACAGGAGCAGGCUGUCAAGCUGGAGGAAGAGGCGCGAACUGGAGGCAAGACGAAGAUCAGUAUGGUCGUGAUUGGACAUGUAGACGCGGGCAAGAGCACGAUUACUGGUCAUUUACUGUACAGACUUGGCUAUGUGAGCAAGAGAUUGAUGCACAAGUACGAAAAGGAGUCGCGGGAGGCCGGCAAGUCUUCCUUUGCCUACGCUUGGGUCAUGGAUGCAGAUGAGGAGGAACGAUCGCGUGGUGUUACGAUGGAUGUUGGUACGAGCCAUUUUGAGACGGAGACGAAGCAUGUGACGCUACUGGAUGCACCAGGCCACCGAGAUUUCAUUCCCAAGAUGAUUGCAGGAGCAGCCCAGGCAGAUGUCGCUGUGUUGGUGGUGCCAGCGGUGACUGGCGAGUUCGAGGCAGCAUUCGAGAACUCUGGACAGACCAAGGAGCAUACGUUACUGGUGCGAAGUCUCGGUGUCGCGCAGAUGGUCGUGGCAGUCAACAAGAUGGAUAUGGUCAACUGGGACAAGGAGCGCUUCGACAGCAUCGUGACGUCGCUGUCCAUGUUCCUCCAAGGCGCAGGAUUCCGUCCGAAGAACUUGCGCUUCGUUCCCCUCAGUGGUAUAACCGGUGCGAAUCUGGAGAAGACUGGCGGAGUAGACGAGUGCUCGUGGUACUCUGGGCCUUCACUCGUAGAGGCGAUCGACACCUUCGCUCCUCCUCAGCGCCAGAUCUCCAAGCCCUUCCGGAUGACCGUCUCAGACGUUUCCAAGUCCAUGAGUUUGGGUCAGACGAUCUCAGGUCGCGUCUACGCUGGUGCGGCUGCGGUGGGCGACUCGUUCCUCUUGAUGCCCAUUGGACUCACUUUGACUGUAAAAGGAAUGGAACAAGAUGGCAAGGCGUGCUCACUUGCACGUGCCGGAGACACCAUCGAGAUGGGAGUCACUGGCAUUGAUCCGUCGGCACUGACCACUGGUAGCAUUUUGUGCUCGAUUGCGUCGCCUGUGCAACUCGCUAAGAAGUUUGAGGCCAAGAUCAUGACUAUGCCGGCUGUGGAGGUGCCUCUAGUAAAGGGAACGUACAUGACGAUCCACAUGCACAACGUCGACGAGCCUGUGAACAUCACGCGGUUGGUGAGCAUGUUAAGCAAGACGGGCGAGGUGGAGAAGAAGAAACCGCGCUGUAUCACUCGCGAGCGCUCGGCUGUGGUGCAAAUCACGUGCCACCGCAAGAUCUGCCUCGAGGAGUUCGCAAACUACCGUCAGCUCGGACGCUUCACACUGCGCGAUCGCGGCAAGACGCUGGCUGCCGGCAUUAUCACGCAGAUCAUCGCUUAA